GUGACAUACUCUCGGGCGUUUGCUUUGUGGGCCAGCUGGACACGCACUCGUUGGGCGCCUUUUUGAUACUGCCGCUUUGCAUUUAUCUGUGCAUUGGCGCUUUGUUUUUGCUGGCGGGCUUCAUCUCGUUGUUUCGCAUACGCACCGUGAUGAAGACGGACGGCAAGCGCACGGACAAGCUGGAGCGGCUCAUGCUGCGCAUUGGCUUCUUCUCGGGGCUGUUUAUAUUGCCAGCAUUGGGGCUGCUGGGCUGUCUGUUCUACGAGUACUACAACUUUGAUGAGUGGAUGGUGCAAUGGCAUCGGGACAUUUGCAAACCCUUCUCCAUACCCUGCCCCGCAGCCAGGCCGCCUGGCACGCCCGAAGCGCGUCCCAUAUUCCAAAUCUAUAUGGUCAAGUAUCUCUGCUCGAUGCUUGUGGGUGUUACCUCCAGCGUUUGGCUCUACUCCAGCAAGACUAUGGUCAGCUGGCGCAACUUUGUGGAGCGUCUGCAGGGCAAGGAGCCGCGCACGCGGGCGCAGGCGUAUGUCUAGUAUGAAACGGCGGCGGUGGCAGCAGCUGAGGCGGCGGCGGCAAAUGAAAGUUACUUGGCGUUCAGCACGUAGACCCAACACCCCCACCAGCCACCACCCCCUACCAGCUUAAGCAGCCAGCGCUCGCUCCCACGCACACAUUUAUUGCAGUCGUAGUUGUAGCUCAUCCUUCAGCUUUGUAUAAAGUUCAUCCACUUCCUCACGCAAAAUCAAAAGUUUAAGCUUAAGCUCUAUUGUUUAAUAUUUAGUUUUAGUUUAGCCAUUCGCGUGGCUUUCUUGUUGAACCAAAACUAUGCGCAUAAGUUGAUUAAUUUAGCCUGUACUUAAGUAAUUCUAAGUACGUUCGUAUUAGCAAAAGUAACUUAGAGUCGUUUACUGCUUAUGCUAAGUGCAGUUUUAAUUUGAUUUGCACUUUGUUUAUUUUUCAUUAAUCAAAGCUUUAAAUGUGCCCUACAGUUAAUUAAUUAUUAAUGUCUGCGCUUUGCUGUAGGUGUGAAAAACUCUCUAGGCCCAAAAGCAUUGAAAACUGCAUUAGAGUCACAAUUAGCAGCAUAGCCCGCAAUUAAAAAAUAUACUUAACACUUCAUGUAAAUGAAACCAUAGUAAAUCAUAUAUACUACCCAUAUAAAACUAAUAUAUAUAUAUAUAUAAAUGUAUGACGCAAACACUAUAAAUGUAUUAUGUAGCAAUAAAUGUCCUCCAUGUGCUAAACUUAAAACUAAAACACAAAUUCUGCUAAAAGAAAACACAUAAUUUAUUAAUAAACAAUGUAUUUUAUAUUGGGGUGAAACGAUUUGAUAGCUGAAAUAUAUUGACAAAGUGCUGAGCAUAUUUUGCAUAACAAUUAAGCUUGAAAUAAAAUAAAAAACUUAAGGC